GAGAUAAAGUCGAUCUGGUUUUUAGUGUGUCGUGGUGUCUGGUGAAAUCCAUAUCGCUUUGUGGAUAUCCUUGUGCUUGAACACAGUGCCUCCAAUCACCAAAUCGUUGAAUGCACAGAAUUCUGCAAACAAUUCUCCAUUGUCGUUCAUCACGUCACCUAGCGCUUCUCGACCCAUGGUUAUUUCUCUUCCUGUGUUGUCUGCUCCCAGUUUGGUAUUCAUGUCGCCCCACCCAUUAUAAUUUUGAUAUCGCCAACUGCAGUGUGGUCUUGUCCAGUGUUGAUUGCGGUUGUCGGUAGAAUUCCUUCUUCUUCUCUUCAUCUACAUUAUUUGUAGGUGAGUAGUGUAGCAUUGUAUGAUUGUGACUUUCCUUCCUUUUGAGUUGAAUCUUGCUGUGAUGAUCCUGAUCCUGGAGAGAUUGGUUCCCAUUGCAUGAGAGCCUUUGAUGCUGUUGGGGACAUAAUGAUAACCACUGGAAAACUCAGUGUGUUUGUGGUUGUCGUCUGGGUGACAAUAUCGGAGUAGAUUAUUGACUCUCCUCUCCAGUUGGCAGUUUGGAGAGUUGGAUUAGUAUAACCAAGUGUAACCUGGCUGUGAGAUUCACUCAUUGUUUCAUACGACAACUCAUAUGUUCAGAUCAGUGAAUACAAGUUACCUCAAUAAGGUAAGCAGAAGAGCUUCAUAUUGUGUACUACUAAACAGGAAAAUACUUUGAAGGCUCUGACAUCAAUAAGGAACACUUUUGGGCCAUAUAUAAGUUAUCUAAUCAGCAAUCACCUAAUCAACGUAUUUCCUGGAGCUGUUGUUAAUGUCAAGUGGAUUAUAAUUUUUGUUCUGAACUUUUGGGUUUUCAAGAAAUACUGUGAUCGAAUUCCUUAAGUGAGUUCCAUCUAGUUGUAUCAUUCGUACUGAGGAUUAAGAACUUUGUAGAUGCUUGUUCAUAGGUGCUGCUAGUCAACCUAAUUAACUAGUCAGUUCUGCGUAUCAUGAUUCAUAUCAUGAUCGAUUUUCUAAACAUGCUGCAAAUAUAUUAAAGCUUACUGAUAUCAUGAUAUGUGUUAUAGAUAUAACUAGCAACUUGGAAUAAUGAAUUAAUACAUGAGGUUUUAAACCACUUUAUUCAUCUGUCAUUUUUAAAUUUUGAUAAACACCAUAUAACUCAGAAUAUAAGUCUGUUGAUGUAAAUAUCUUAAAUUAUAUUUAUUGAUACGACUAUUAUUGUCAUUAUUUGGCAUUCAAAAAUAAAGUUGAUGAAACAUAAUCCACUAUCCUGGACGUGUUGAACACCGUAAUAUCGUUUGUAGAAGAAUUCAGUUUACUGACCAUUUGGAGACGACUGACAUCAAACAAAAUCCUGAAGUUAAGUGACUAUCAGUCGAAGCAACACUUAGUAGGGAAUGUGUGAAAAUAGUGUUCAAAAGUGUUUUACAGUGAAUGCAACAAAAAUUUUACCAAAGAAUAUGCACGCAUGUAAUUGUUUAAGAUUAACGCUUGUCUUCUUGUUUAUCAAGAGUUUUGUCAAGUCAACUGUAUAACUUUUAAGAUAAUGUAGAAUUAAUCACCGAAAAGAAUAUUUUAUAAGGAAUAAUAAUCAGUAUUUGUAUAAGGAAAGAAGAAUGCACUCAUUAUCUUACGAUGAUUUGACCUUGAAAAUGUUUUAGAUAUACUAAACAGAACUAAAGAUCUAUUAAAUUGUAUUUCAGGUGUUAAUGUAUGUUUAACUUUUUGUCUUAUUAACAUUAGCUACUGAUUUUCGUUACGUUGUUAACGUAACAAUGCUUAUGUGUAUUCAUGUUAUUAAAUUGUUUGCUGUAAUAUUCUUUAUUUUUAACUUUCGCUUUUAAAACAAAAGUAUUGCGUGCAGAUGAUGUGCGAAAUCGGAGGAUCUUAUUUGUAACGUUUUUCCUGGCAUUGGUUUUUCUUUCAACCUUAAUACCUGAUCAGUAGGACCUGAAUGCAAUCUAAAUCACAAUCUCACUUUUGUAAAUGAAUGUCGUGCAAAUAAGAUUGAUUUUGAGCCAUACCAACUCUUAUCUGCAGGGAUUGGUUCCAAACAAUUUUAGAAGUCAAGUCAGACAGUUUACACGGUUCAUGUCAACAACCAAAGACAAAAAUUAUUUGGGAUAACUAUAUUCUGAAGACUGGCUAAUGUAUAUAUUCUCAUGCCAUUCUUGAUUUCUUCCAGCUAUCCAGCCCCUGAUAACGAUUCGAGUUCAUGAAGCAGUAUCUAUAAUCUCCCAACAGCCUGCUCCAAAUCACAUGAAUUUGCAGAAUUUGCUUUCCGAGUUCCUGUAGAUUCGGUAGCUACUUUUUCUAGUCUCACAGUUUUAGAUAUAGCACUGAGUCUUAAGGCAGAAAGUGCACUACUCGACUGGAGCCCAGUUGGCAGUCACCUGUAUGCUGUUGUCUGAAUAGUACAUUGAAAACUGCCCAGUCUCCUACUGUAAGCCAAAAGUAUAAAUAUGAUUUUUCUAGCAGGUGAUUUCAGUACACAAGUGAAUAGACUAAGACAGUAAUGAACUUGGUGGUACCAUCGGGAUCCCAGCCGAGCGAAAGGAUAACAGUGGUAGCCUGUUGUGUUGUCCUAUGGUCAUAAAACAACCUAUUUCAGCUCAACACAAAUUCAAACUUAGAGAUAGAUAUUUUAUGGCGUCGUAGCCUUUGACUUCAACUAAAUGGAGGACACGGAUAUACCAGUUAUUACUGAAGAGGGUCGAUGGAAGAGUGCCACUCCUUUUGUAGCAUUUGUUCGGACAGUGAUCACGCGUUUGUUUCAUAACUUUUAUGUCUGCACCUUAAUGGUCGUAGGAAAAUUGCAGCGACAAAACCAUUUUGAAAGUAGCCUGACGAUGAGUUCACUAAAGCCACUUUCAACGUAAAGCUGGUAGAAAAUGGUCUGUAACUCAUCCAGAAGAAUUCCGGCACCAUCUUUAGCCUACUGUAUUUGAUUUUCAGAAAACGUUUAGAAAUGGUCAAAGGAUCUCAACAGCUUCUUCUGAAUUAAUGGAUACGCGUGAACGCAUUCUCGCAGGCCUCGCGAGCAAGGAAUAGAAGAAACUCCAGUACACACCAUAGAUGAGAAGAAUAAGUCUAUGGUUCAUUUUUGUGGGGAAGACAACUAGGACGAUGAUCGGAACACUUUGAGGAACAGCUCAACAGACUCCCAUCUGAUCUUCGAUCGCCUACAAUUCAUUCGAAUCCGGAAAUAAACGCUGAAGUAUGCUCUCCAGCUCGUGCAGAAGUUGAGAAGGUCAUAAGAAAACUAAGACGAGGAAGGGUAACAGGGCCAGAUGAACUAGUGCCUGAAGUAUUUAAGGUGGUCGACGCUCAUUAGUUGAAAUGACUUGAGUGUUACCUAGCUUAUGGGGAUUAGAUACGGUCCCCUCUGAGUGGUUUCAAUAAGGGAUUGCUCCGACUUUUAAGAAAGAGAAAUCCUCCUCCUAAGGCCAUAGACAAACCAGUCUGGUAAAUGUGGUUUCUAAGUUUCUAGUUUCUAUAACCAUAAGACACCUAAUUGAAGCUCGGGAAAAUUGAAUCUGAAAAAAAAACUAGGCAGGUUUCCGACCUGCUUAUGCGUGUGUUGACUAAAUUUACUUCCUCGACAGAUAUUGAAACAGGCUCCUGGCUCUAGUAGUAUUUUGAGACAUGAAGGGAGUAUUUGACGCCGUCGAUUCAGAAUUCUUCUUGCAGUCUCUCUCUGGAAGGGAUGCCUGGCAGGUAGAUCGCCUUGCUAAAGUCCUCAUACUCGAACACCGGUGAGCUUGUUAAAACCUAUGGUGAGUUGUCAGGUAAAUUGUGUACGUGAACUUGUGUCCGUCAAAGAUUUUUAUUGUUAUUCAACUUUAUCAUAGAUGUACUUAUAGAGAUGUCCCUUCCAUCGUCUGACUUUACGGGAAUUGACCUUGUCACAGAAGACUCCCCAGUAAAUCUGGAGUGUGCCAGACAUCGUUUCACUCAUUAUCCCCUCCAGUAUUUACAGUAUCUGAUACUUACUGUUCUUUUAAGCAAUCGAAUUAAGAAAAAUUAUGACCGUUAGCAUCUACGCCUCUCUAUUUGUCUUUCUAUGUUCAGUAACUUUUUGUUACGUUCUUUACAUUCAGUAUAAUUUUCCAAUUGAUCGUCGUCCUCGUUUGUUGGUACGUCGUGCACAAAGUCUCUACUUACUUGGACGUAAUAAAGAAGCUCUAGAAGAAUACGAUAAUUGUCUAGAGUUGAUUAAAUCAGAAAGCAUAACCAUUCAUAAUAGUAUGAAUGAAGCUAUACGAAUCGGUAGAGAAAAAUGUAUGAAUUCGGAGAAAAAUGAAGGAAAAGAAAAAGAAGACGCAUUAAAUAACACUUCAAGUAUACCAUUUUUUGUACAUGAAGCCAAGACGUUAACAAUAAAGAACUAUAACAAUAAAGAUAAAACUAGAAAUAUUCAUGUAACCUCAGCUGGUGGUAAUAAGAAUGACGAAAAUUGUAAUUUGCAUCCAAGAAUUUUUUAUCCUCUUCAUGUUCAAAAUCCACCAGCAGUUAUAUUGAACUGGAAUGAAGAAUUCGGUUGGCAUAUUGUCGCGGCAAGAACAAUUGAACCAGGUGAAUUACUCAUCAGGGAUACGCCAUAUUCUUGUCGACUUCAAAGUGAUAGACUACUGUUCAAUUGUUAUCGUUGUUCUAAACGCUGUAUCAAUCUUAUACCAUGCCGUAAUUGUACUCAGGUGGGGUUUUGUAGUGAAGCAUGCGAACAAGCUGCUUGGGAUCCAGUAUGGUCUUUGGACACAAUAUCGCCUAUAAGUAAUCUUUCUCUUCCUUGGCACUGUUUUGAAUGUGGACUUGUCGAUCGGUUAACCUUAGAAGAUUAUGCUGGUUGGAAACGGUUACGCAAUACGUCACUGUCAACUGGAUUGACAGCAUCUAUGAAAAAAUGGAAGGUAUUCAUCGAUAAACUAUCAGACGAUGAUAUAAUUGGCGGUCCAAAUAUCUCAUGGCUUGCUUUCGCGCUCUUGGCUAGAACUUCUCCAACCACUUUAAACAGAUUGGUCAAGACCUCUUUAAAUAAGCUAGCCUGUAAAGUUGGUUCAAAACAAGAUGAAGGAUUGCUAUCCUUUACUGGUCGUCGUGUUGUUCCACAAAGUGACUGGGAUGAUUAUACAUCUAUUGGUUGGCUUGCUACCAAUUCGGAUAAACGUAAAACUGGUGACCUAUGGCAGCGUUGUGUAGCAGCUGUAUACCUAACACUUUGUCUUGAAGCUGGCGGUUAUCCAAUCCAACGGGAAGAAAAUGUUCUCGAAAAUGACCAACCUACUUCUACUUCCCUUCCAUUUAUAUGGGCAUCAACAUGUAUGCUACAUCAUCUACAAUGUAUCUCAUCGAAUGGUCAUUCACUGUCAGUGCCUGAGUAUAUCUUAUCAGAAAAUGCUGGUAUACGACCCACCAUACCUGGCAUAGAUUUAAACAAGUUAUCGUCAGUUGAAAUAUCUACUUGUCUGUAUCCAGUCCUAUCAUUGAUCAAUCAUUCAUGUGAUCCAAAUGUUACUAAUGUCACUGAGAGUGAAUUUCGAUGCGCAGUAUACUCGCUUAGACCAAUCAAAUGUGGUGAAAUGAUCUAUGGCAAUUACGGUCUACAUUAUGCAGUACACUCGUUAAAAGAACGUCAAAACUCAUUAUGGUCGCAGUAUCAUUUUCAUUGUAAGUGUCAAGCAUGUUUAGAUGACUGGUCAGCCAUGAACAACAGUAAAAGUAUCAUUGGUGAUGGUAUUAUGAAUUUCCAAUUAAAGUGUUUUACAUGUUCAGGGGCUAUUGUUUCCAAUGUAGCAGCACCAUUCUUGAAUCAAGAAAGUAACUUAACUAAAAUUGGUAAACAAUGUCAUUGUAGCCAACACAUCCAAAUGAAGUCGAUCGGAAGGUUUCAAAAGCUGCUUUUCAAUGAUCUAUUGACCAAAUUGGAUAGUAUACCACUAACAUUUCAAAAGACUCCACCGAAGGAAAUAACAGAUAAAUUUUUAAGCAAAUUUUUUACUUAUGCUACACGUAUGCUAAACACAAAACAUUUGUAUGGUGUACUCCGACGGCCCUGUAUUCAUUUAGACUGGUUACAAGAACUACUUAAGCAGUUGUUUGAUCUUCAACACACUUCAUGGUCAUAUGAAAGUGAAAUAAUUCGAUCAACAUUCUGAAUAAACUUUAAGCUACCUUUCUAUUUGUUUAUUCUACUUUUUCAUCUUACAAUUUCAACUGUAUUCCUCACUCAAUUUAUGCUUAGUCUUAUGUAAGUGUUCUUUUUCUUGUUGAGAUUUUGCCUUUUAUAAUCCAUGUUGAUGUUGUUUUUAUCGGGCUCGACAGUUUCAUCAUUAUAUUAAGAAGUUUUUCUAGGAGCUUUUCUUCUAUUUGACUCAUCUUAUGUGUGUCGAUAAGAGCUCAGCAUUGUCAAUCGGUGGCAUUACAAAAGAAUGUUUCUAUUCAUGAUGUUGCGAGACCAAACAGAGUGUGACUGCUUGAAUGACAUAAAAAUAAUCUGUUAUUCACAACUGUACCUCAAAAAAGUGCCUUCUAACUCAUUUUAGAUAUGAAAUAACGGCAAGCACUGCUGAUUCCUGAAUCUCGUGUCAUUUUUAGUAAUCUCUACUCUUCCGUACUUUUGAAUAAAUAUAAAUGUGGUUUUAGUUUU